ACAUAUCCCGGAUGUCCGGCACUUAGUUGACUGGAGCAAGCAUGUGGGUGUGCGGCAAGCUGUUGGGUCAGCUGCGGCGGGGCCUGCUGCCCGUUUCGGGCCGCCGCUGGUCUGCGGCUGCCUCCUACUCCGCAUCUGCCGAGCCCUCCCGGGUCCGGGCUCUGGUCUACGGGGACCACGGGCACCCAGCCAAGGUCGUCGAACUGAAGAACCUGGAGCUAACUGCUGUGGGCGGAUCAGACGUCCAUGUGAAGAUGCUGGCGGCCCCUGUCAAUCCAUCUGAUAUAAAUAUGAUCCAAGGAAAUUAUGGCAUCCUUCCCAAGCUGCCUGCUGUUGGAGGGAACGAAGGCGUUGGACAGGUGGUUGCAGUGGGCAGCAGUGUGACUAGGGUGAAGCCAGGAGACUUGGUGAUUCUUGGAACAGCUGGUUUGGGAACCUGGCGGACCGAGGCUGUGUUCAGCGAGGAAGCCCUGGUAGCCGUCCCGAGUGACAUCCCUCUUCAGAGUGCUGCCACCCUAGCUGUCAAUCCCUGCACGGCCUACAGGAUGUUGAUGGACUUCGAGCAGCUGAAGCCAGGGGAUUCUGUCAUCCAGAAUGCAUCCAACAGUGGAGUGGGGCAAGCAGUCAUCCAGAUCGCCGCAGCUCUGGGCCUGAGGACCGUCAAUGUGGUCCGAGACAGACCUGACCUCCAGAAGCUGACUGACAGGCUGAAGGGUCUGGGGGCUGAGCAUGUUAUCACAGAAGAAGAACUGAGAAAGCCUGAGAUGAAAAACUUGUUUAAGGACAUGCCCCAGCCGCGGCUUGCUCUCAACUGUGUCGGCGGGAAAAGCUCCACAGAGCUGCUUCGGUGCUUAGCGCCCAGAGGAACCAUGGUGACUUACGGGGGGAUGGCCAAGCAGCCCGUGACAGUGCCUGUGAGCCUGCUUAUUUUUAAGGAUCUCAAACUUCGGGGCUUUUGGAUGUCCCAGUGGAAGACAGACCACAGUCCAGACCAGUUCAAGGAGCUGAUCUUCACACUGUGUGAUUUCAUCCGCCGAGGCCAGUUGACGGCCCCUGCCUGCUCCGAGGUCCCACUGCAGGACCACCAGCGUGCCUUGGAAUCCUCGAUGCAGCCCUUCGUGUCUACGAAGCAGGUUUUCACCAUGUGAUCAUCCCCGAGGAGCCAGAGCGAAGUGGGAGGGGAAACGGCUCAGCAAGACUGGCUUUGGCCCCUCAGCCAGGGCCCGCAUCCUUCCCCGGGCUGCUCCUCUCCUCACUGGCAGUUUGCACUAGGAGAGCUGUGAAGCAAGCCAAGGCUUCCCCCAGGGCCAGCUCAGGGUGUCUAAUAAAGUCUGAACUUCCUAAAGACAAAAACCAAUAGAAGUCAUCCCUGUUGAGAAGGCCCAUCACCGUGCUCCUGCCAUAUCCCGGGACUGAGAAGCUCCGCACCCCUUGCCUGUCCUCCUUUUGUCCCUGAGCAAUCAUUUCCUGAGACCCUGACAGCAAAGCUGGGGUGGGCCUGGCAGGUACAAAAGCCAGUGAGACACGAUCUCUGCCCUCAAGCCGUCCAAGCCCACAGAGGAGAACCUUCAAACAAGGAAAGUUUGACGCAUUCUCAGGUGGGUGCAGCUUAGUCUGGGGCCGGGGGAAGGACCAGCUGCACGGGGGAGCCAGGCUGAGGAACCGAGGAAAUACGGGCUCAGGUGGCUGGACCACCACCUGGAGCGUCCAUGCUAACUGGGGAGACACGUUACGCCAGUGGUUCUCAACCUGAGGUCACUUUACCGCCAGGGGACAAAUUUAUAAUGUCUGGAGACAUUUUGAGUUGUCAUAAUUGAGAGGGUGCAACUGGCAUCUAGUGGGUAGAGGUCAGGGAUGCUGCUAAACAUGCUACAGCGCACAGGACAGCCCCCCACAACAAAGAAUUGUCCAGCCCAAAAUGCCACAGUGACACUGAUGAGAAACCCUACAUUAAACCAAUAGUUCCCAUAGUGAUCAAUGUACUAAAGAAGACACAUGUGAGGUGCUGAGAGAGCGUCACUAAGGUCUUGUCCUAGGCCUGGGGUCGGUGCCUUCCUGAGGUGAAGCUUAAAGGUGGGCCCUGGACAAUGUAGCUUUAUUCAAAGAGAAGAGUUUGACAUUGUAUGACUUUGGUGUUACUUCCCUCACCCAAAGCAAAGAACUAGAGACUUUGGGAUGUCUUCCUUAUCACCUGGCCCUCUGUCCCUUAGCUCAAGAAUCUCAUUCAGGAGAGCUUACUGGGUGCCUCGUGUGCUUGAGACUAAGGAUGCCCGUGAGAAAUUUGGGCUGGCCCUCCAGUUGCUGAGCCUCGUGCAGAGAAUAGGCCUUUACAGUACGCUAAUGACAAGUACAGAGAUGUUCCCGGGGCUGAGGGGACCCUGCAGCUCUGCCUCAGAGUUUAAGGAAGGCUUCCCUGAGGAAGUGUGGUCACAGCACAUCUUGAAGGCCUAGCAGGAAAAGGGGACCAAGCAAAGCCAGCACAUGUGAGAGUUUGGAGUCCCCAGAGAGACUGGCACUCGGGGAACUGCCAGCAGGUGAGCAUAGCCACUGCUUAAGACGUGGGGGAAAUGUGAGGACUGAGGUGGGAACGGUGGGCAGGGACCAGAGCAGGAAGGGUCAUGAAGUCAGGACUUACCCUGAAGACCAGGGAAGGCACUCAGGGUGUUAAGCCAUGGAGUGAUGAUGUGGGAAGACUGGCCGGGAAGGCCAGGGCACACUUGAGGUUUAGUUGCAUGCCAGCGUGUGCACAGGCCCCUGUCAUGACCCUCUUGCCUUUGGGAGCAUCUUAUGUGUCCUCUGGAGAAAGGACUUGGCUUCAGCCUGGGGCUGGGGAAGGUCUGCAAGUGCCCUCUGGAUAAGAUUUGCCACCUUGUACACGGGUGCACAGGAUCAGCCCCAACUCACCCAAGUCCCUCCCAUCCCCCCAUCCUCUACUCUCAAAGUUAGUGGGACAUGAUUUGUACAGAUGGCCAAUGUGGGCAAGUGAAAAAAAGCCUGAGAGGGAGUGGGGGGCUCCCCAAAGGCUACAGGAGUGACCGUUAAGAUUAGGUUCUUCAGGGGCGGUCCACGGAGCUGGGCUUAAUGGGAGUGAUGAGCCUUCAGCCAUGGAGAAGGAGUAGGCCCCUGGUAUAGACUCAGAGGAGGCAGGCAGGCCGAACGUUCAUAACACCACAGUUAGAGACCUCAUGGAGCGCUCUGCAAAAUGUCCCGAGAACAGUACCUCGAGGGGCCUGGAGGUGACAUGUAGGCUGGGCUUUCACGGAUGGUUAUUGUUUUCUCAGGGGAGAGACAAGCAUUACAGACUAAAGGACCAGUUUAAUCAAAGGUAUAGAGGCAGGACAUUUAUGUUGGAAUCUUCUCAUUUUCCCCAAACAUCCAUUUUCUUCUGAAGAAUUAAAACUGAUGACUUAUAGGUGGGUAUAUGGUAAGCCGGAACAAACACUGUUUUCCCUGCCUCCCUUGCAGCAGACAAGUCUGACCCUUGUGAUAUGAGCAGAGGUGGGAGGUAUCAGUUUCUUAGGAAUCUCUUUAAAAUAUAGCCAGCAUCUGUCCUGCACUUUUUCUUCCCCUUCCACCGUCCUCCUGGCUGGGAUGCAAACAGGAUUCUUGGAAUUUGCAUAGCCAUCUUUGACUGUGUUAAGAAUGGGACAGCAAUGAGAUCACAGGAACCUGGGUCCCUGACACCCAGAAGCCCCGACUGCCCACCUUGGGACUUGAGAAAUACAUUUUACUUAAGAAAUAAGCUUCUAUGUUAUUUAACCCCGUAAUGUUUGGGCUUUCUCUGAACCUAAUCAUAACUGAUACAUAUCCUAUGAUUUAAUUUAUAUUGAAAUCAGUCAAUCAAUCUGAAGCUAAAAAGUGAGUUGUGGCAGUUUGUGAUUCCCAGGUAAGGAAUGUGGACUUUAUUCCAUUGGCAGUAGUAACCAAUGAUUUCUGAGCCAGAAGAUCAAAACUGUGCUUUGGAAAAAUCCCUGCUGGCAGCAGGUUGGGAGACAAUAUGGAGAAGGAAGGCACUAAAGAAAAACAAAAAACAGGCUGGCUGAGUGGCGCAUUGGUUA